UACAGGCAUCAUGUUAGGCUCCUUCAUUUUUGUUGGGUUUUGCAUGUUCCUCUUUUUCUUCUUAAUUAGGAUCAAGAAGCCAAAGAACUUUCCCCCUGGGCCACGACCCUUACCCAUAUUUGGCAACCUUCUUCAUUUUAACAUCAACAAUCCUUUGAAAGACUUUGAAUUGUUGGCUGAGCGUUAUGGGAAUGUUUAUAGCCUCUAUCUUGGGAGAAGCCCAGCUAUUGUACUCAAUGGUUUAAAGGCUAUUAAAGAAGCUCUGGUGACCAAAUCUGCAGAUUUUUCUGGACGCCCACAAGAUUUGCUAGUUAGCCAUAUGACUGAAGGAAAAGGAGUCAUACUAGCUGAUUAUGGUCCUGCAUGGAAGGAGCAUCGGCGCUUUGCUCUCAUGACCUUAAGGAACUUUGGUUUGGGGAAACAGUCUAUGGAGAACAGGAUUCUGGGAGAAAUUGAACAUCUUGUUGCAAAACUUGAGAAGCAUGCGGGAAGUGUCUUAAAUCCUCAGACUUUGUUCCAUGAUGCAGCAUCAAAUAUCAUCUACCUGAUGUUGUCUGGCACUCGAUAUGAAUACGGUGAAGAAACCCUUAAUAAAUCUGUUAAAUGGAUUACUGAAAUUGCCAAGAUUAUUAAUGGACCUUGGUCAUUGAUUUAUGAUACUCUUCCCUGGGUGCGAUCUCUGCCACUUCCUUUUAUGAAAUUGUUUAAAAACAACAAUUUACUUAAAGAAAUGACAAUGAACAUGAUCAAAAACCAUAAGACAACAAGAGUCCGAGGAGAGCCGAGAGACUUUGUCGACUGCUAUCUGGAUGAGCUAGAUAUGGUAUGUCUUUGUGUGGGUAUAUGGGGAAAAACAGGAUCCACAUUUAAUGAAGAACAAUUGGUAAUGUACAUUUUAAACCUGCAUAUGGCUGGGACUGAUACCACAUCAAACACCCUCCUUACAGCUAUCCUCUACCUCAUGGCUUAUCCAGACAUUCAGGAGAGAUGCCAGAAGGAGACCGAUGAGGUUAUGGAGGGAAAAUCUCAGAUGUCUUUUGAGGACAGACACAACAUGCCGUACACACAGGCUGUAAUCCAUGAGUGUCAGCGCAUCGCCAACAUCACCCCUCUGAGUGUGUUCCACUCAACUACAAGAGAUACUGAACUGAUGGGCUAUAGCAUCCCAAAGGGAACUAUUAUUAUCCCAAACCUCUCGUCAGUGCUAAGUGAAGAAGGCCAAUGGAAGUUUCCUCAUGAGUUCAACCCAUCAAACUUCCUUAAUGAACAAGGACAGUUUAAGAAGCCUGAGGCAUUUAUGCCCUUUUCUGCUGGGCCUCGUUCAUGUUUGGGUGAAGGUUUGGCUCGCAUGGAGCUCUUCCUCAUCUUGGUCACCCUGCUGCGCCGAUUUCAGUUCAUUUGGCCUAAAGACAGCGGAGAACCAGAUUUCACUCCUGUAUUUGGAAUCACACUUACACCCAAACCAUACAUGAUGGGCAUUAGGUUGAGACAGCCAACUAGAGAAAUCUAGAAAUUGUCAGGAGAUUUACUAUAUGCUUACAACUUCUUCUUUAUGGUAAAUGAAAUUGUAUUAUAUCAUAAUAAUAGAACAAAUGACCUAGCAAUAGACUAAUAAGAUUAAGAACAUUGAGGGUGUUAAGAAGAACUGAUGGGGAUGCUGUGUUGUUUUGAGCAUUCGGAGUAAAGAAUUAAAGCCUGUGCUUCUAACCCUUAUCUGUAUUCUGGUUCUGUUGCUAAUUUUACUGUGAAAAUUCAAAUUUUAUU